ACCCCACACUUCACUUUCCCCCUUGACCCUCAACCCAGAUCCUAGCCAUGGGAAUUGCAAGCUCAAACCAGAGCACAGAAAGCCGCCCUUCCAAGCAAAUCUUCAUUCUCUCCGGCCAGAGCAACAUGGCCGGCCGCGGCGGCGUCAACGGCCACCACAAAUGGGACGGGGUGGUUCCGCCGGAGUGCAGCCCCGACUCCUCCAUCCUCCGCCUCAACGCCCAGCUCCACUGGGAGUCCGCCCGCGAGCCCCUCCACGCCGAUAUCGAUACCAAGAAGGCCUGUGGCGUGGGGCCGGGGAUGUCGUUCGCAAACGCCGUGAGAAAGCGUGUGGGGCUGGUGGGGCUGGUGCCGUGCGCGGUGGGCGGCACCGCCAUCAAAGAGUGGGCGCGUGGACGGCCCUUGUACGAGAACAUGGUGAACAGGGCUAAAGAGUCGGUGAAGAGCGGAGGGGAGAUCAAGGCGCUGCUGUGGUAUCAGGGAGAGAGUGAUACGUCGUCGUAUAACGACGCUAAGUCGUACAAGGAUAACAUGGAGAGCUUAAUCCAAAAUGUUCGUCAAGAUCUGGGCUCGCCUUCUCUCCCGAUCAUCCAGGUUGCAAUAGCAUCGGGUGACAGCAAGUACAUGGAAAGAGUGAGAGAAGCGCAGAAGGAGAUCGAUAUUCCCAAUGUAGUGUGUGUAGACGCCAAGGGAUUGCCACUGAAAGAGGAUCAUCUUCAUCUAACCACGGAGGCCCAGGUUAGCCUUGGGCAAAUGCUGGCUGACGCAUACCUUGCCAACUUUGCACCCCCACAAGCUUCUUCUUGAUUCUUCAAGGGAGAAUUCAAUCUCUCUUUCCUCUCCUGUCUUUUGACCAAGCUGUCUUCUUCAUGCUCUUUUACUACCUUUCGUAUCAUAAUCUUUUUGGGUAUGUGUGUGUUAUGUGUUAAUUAUAUACCAUGAGGUUUCGUUCCAUUUCUGAUUAUAGAAGAACUACUUCAGACCUA